UCUUGACUGGUGGACUAGUCUAUAUGGGGAUGCUAGGGUUAUGGAGGCCCCUCCUCAAAGCCUGAGGCCCCAGUCAAUCGCCUGACGCCCGCUCUGCAUAGCUAGCGCCGGUGUGCCCCUGGUCGUAUGAGACGUACGUUGCUUUCAAUAACGCUACUUAAAAGCGUAGAAAUCAUGUUGUGUGGCUCUCAGCAGAAAUCUCUCUAUAUAGAUGUCCUGAUGCAAACUAAGUGACAUAAGAAAUUAAAAGAAACGUCUCAAAAAACAAUAGGUACACAAAAAAGCCAGACCUUCCGGACGUCCUGAGCGUUUCCUGCGUCAUGACGCACGAUUGAUCAGUUUAUUGGUUGUCUGAAGAAACAAAGACAAGAUGUUCCAAGAGGUGCUUUCAAACAUCUUGAGGUUCUACGACUACCUUCUGCAAAGAACUGAUGCCAGAGUGCGGGAUUAUCCGCUGAUGCAGAGUCCUAUUCAGAUGACCGUCAUCUUGCUGGGAUAUGUGAUCUUCGUUUUAUAUGUAGGACCACGAUGCAUGGCCAAUCGGAAUCCUUUCCGCCUCAACACAGCUAUGAUUGUCUAUAAUUUCUCAAUGGUGGCCUUCAACGCCUACAUUGUUUAUGAGUUCCUGAUGUCUGGCUGGGCAACAACAUACACUUGGAGAUGUGACCUCUGUGACACCUCCAGCAGUCCUCAAGCUCUCAGAAUGGUUCGGGCAGCCUGGUUGUUCUAUUUUUCCAAAUAUGUUGAACUUCUAGAUACGGUGUUUUUUGUGCUGAGAAAGAAGCACAGUCAGGUGACAUUCCUGCAUGUCAUUCAUCAUUCCAUCUUGCCCUGGACCUGGUGGUGGGGCAUCACUCUUACUCCUGCGGGGGGCAUGGGUUCCUUUCAUGCUAUGGUGAACGCGUGUGUCCAUGUCAUCAUGUACACAUACUACGGUCUGGCUGCUGCAGGACCACGCUUCCAGAAAUAUCUGUGGUGGAAAAAGUACAUGACUGCUAUUCAACUGAUUCAGUUUGUGCUGGUGACUGUUCAUAUAUCUCAGUAUUACUUGAUGGAAAAGUGUGAAUACCAAGUUCCUAUCUUCAUUCAUCUCAUCUUGUUUUACGGAACCUUUUUCUUCAUCCUCUUCUCCAACUUCUGGAUCCAGGCCUAUGUAAAGGGAAAGCGACUACCUGUUUCCACUGAGGACAAACCCAAACAGAAUGGCAUUACCACUGUGAUUGAGCCAGUGGUAGUGCCCAAUGGCAAACACUUGGAAAAUGGCACUGUGCAUUACACUAAUGGAUUUGCUCACAACGGGAAAGUGAAGGAGGUCUAAAGAGGCCAAACAGGAGCAUCAGAGACAUUUGUUGUUAAAUUAUUUUUGACAAAUUUACAUUUUUUAUGAUUGCAUGGGAGAUGAAAUGGCACAUUGGAUCUGGCGGUGGGUCCCCUUUCUUUGUAUUUAUGGAUGUUGGAGGCUGGGGAGCACUAUGCAUGAAGAGAAUUCGUCCACUGAAGUUGGCUUUGCUGACAUGGCUCUGAAACCUGACAGCAUGUCUGUGGUUAAAUAUGCUUGACCUUGGCAUUUUCCUGGUUAUUUGAGUCUCCCAGUUGUUUGCACACUGUAUAGUUUUCACAGAUCUAACUCACACUUGACUGUAAAUAUUUUGUCAGUUUAUUUGAACUUUAGUUUUUUUUUGUAACUUAUGUUAAU